ACCUCUGCCCUCCUCCGCGUCCAUCCGUCUCUCCACCGCUUCGUCUCUCCCUGCCUCUCUACGGUGCCACCGUUAACCUUUCCUCACCGCCCUCUGCGCCCGUUGCCUCCCUCUGCCACUGAUCCCGAGACCGGAAGAGGCGCGCGGCCUGGAGCUAGCGAAGCCUCGGUGGCCAGGGAGGAGGCGGCCACAAAAUCAACAUGGUUCUGGAGCUGGAUAGGGUCCUGAUGCUGCGCGCCGCCGUUCUCGCCGUCGUCGCCGGCUUCGCCGCCGCCGGAUUCAUCUCAAAUGACGCGCUCCAGUCGCACUCGCACGGCCGGAGCUUGCUGCAGGCCAAGAAGGAAUGCCCGGUGACCUUCGAGGGGGCCAACUACACCCUCAUCACGAGCAAGUGCAAGGGCCCCCUGUACCAGCCGGCGCUGUGCUGCGCGGCGCUCGCGGAGUUCGCGUGCCCCUACGACACCUACAUCAACGACCUCGCCACCAACUGCGCCGCCACCAUGUUCAGCCUCAUCCACCUCUACGGCAAGUACCCGGCGGGGCUCUUCGCCAAUACAUGCAAGGGGGACAACCUGGGGCUCAAAUGCCCUGAGGACGUCCCGCAGGUCCAGCCGGGCGAGGAGGGCAAGAGCUCCGCCGCCGUUGCUACUGCCGCACAGGCGGCACUCGUCGCGGCCAGCGCGGCUGUCAUGUCCCUGCUCAUUGUAAUGUCUUGAUCAGAGCCGGACGGUAGCUGUACGUCGCCAUGAUCAGAAGUCAUUCGUGUGUGCGCGUGCUCUGGUUUCUGUUGCAUGCAUGAGUUUGUGGUCAUAUGUAAUUCUGGGUCCUGCACAGGGUGAUAAUUCACCGAUUAACAUUUUAACUUGUUCUUUUAAACCGCUGUACAUUGUUACUAGAAGGGCUAGGAAUUUUGGAGUCGGGUGUUUCUAACAAAGUAAAUUUUGGAAUGUUGGAGUUUAUGUGGGCAUUUAGCGUAGCGUGCACCAACCCUUUAGCUGUACUAGUGCAUUAAGCUCGUAUUAUUAUUAUUAUUA